AUGUAGGUUAUAUAAAUUUUGAAUAACAAGACGUAUUUACUUACAUCUUUGCUUACUAAAUAAUUCUUAAAGCCUGAAAAUGAAUAACUUGAAUUCAAUGAUGGAGAAGUUUUGGUUUAAUUUCUGCAAAAGUUUAAGUUAACUAAAAUUGAAACUAAACCUAAUUUUGGCAAUGAAGUAUAUAUCCUAUUUGAAAAACGUAUUAGAUUAAAAUCAGAAUUAUUAUUUAAUGUAGAAAGGAGGGAAAUACUGAAGUGAAUAUAUCCGCAAUACUAGCAGCUCGAUAAAGUUCUUACAUUAUCUUUGGACCUGGAUAUAUAUAAUUUACUCACUUAUUUGCGGAUCAUCCUUAAUUGCAAUUUUCUAAACUUUAAUAAAUAUGUAUUUCAAUUAUCGGACAUUAAAAUAUAUAAUAUUUCAAGUUGUUUGCCAAAAACAAAUUAUAAUCCUCAAAUUAAACUGAUUUAAGUCAUUUUUCACUAGUCUUAUCUCACUUCAAAAGUAAAAUCUAUUGCAUAUCAAUAGUUGUAAAAUACAAUUAAAGAACGAAUCUCACUCACUUUUUUUUUUCGAUGCAAUAGAUAAAUCAUCAUUUUGAGUCAUUUCAUAUUCCCUUAUUUCAGUAAUCCUAAUCACAAAGCAGCUACAAUACACUACAAUAUCCACUUCUUUCUGGGAAAAGAAAAUAGUCCUCUCCAAUAAAUCUCCUGAAAAUUUAAGGGAAUUGUUCAAAUAAAGGAAUCCAACUUGCAAAAUGUUAAAUAAAUAUAGGAGGUAAUUUAAUCAUACUUAGAAUAAAUCUUAAUUGUUUAGAUGAUAACAUAAAUCAAUAAUUUUAUUUUGAACUUUUAAGCGAUUAUUUUGCAUUAAGCAUAUUAUAAUAUUAAAUAAUUUUUCAAAGUGAUAGCACCAAUUUUGAUUUAAUACAAAGAAUUCGAAUUUAAUUUGAUAAAGCAGUACAUUUUUAAAGGAAUGGGUUAUUCAUCAUUUCAUGCUUAUCAGAUUUUUUAAAAGGUUAAAGAGAAAGUAUCUAAUUAAAGUCUUCGAGUGCAUUCUCUUAUUUUGUAAGAACAUUAUAAAAUUGGAAUAAUUUAGGGUUCAUCUCUAGAAAUAUCGCUUAAAGUCAGAUGGAAAAGAGGUUUGAUAAGAUUAUAUUAUCCUUUCUAAUCUAUUUAAGAAUAGUCGUGUGA